GCACACACCACAAGAUCGAGGAUAAGUAGUGACAAAUCCGAGGACAAUUAUUAAACCAUAGAGAAAAACAAUUUCAAGAUUAUGACGAUGAUAAUGAAAGAUAUCCAUACUAGAAGAGUCGCAAAGCGAGAAGAGCCACCGCAACCGCCGCCGCCGACUUAUAAUAACACAAGUACACCUCGAGGCAGCGUGGCGUCGCCGCCGCUUUCGUCGUGCUCUUCCUCUCCCUCCCACGACGACUUCUCCUUCACCAUAUCCCUCCAUCCAUCCUCCGCCGAGAUCCCCGCGGCCGACGGACCCAAAACCAAACCCUCCACGCCAUCGUUCACCGCCGCCGCCGACUUAUCUCCGGCGGACGAUAUAUUCUUGCACGGCCACUUGCUCCCCCUCCGCCUCUUGUCCCACCUCCCAAUCUCCCCCCGCUCCUCCACCAACUCAGUUGACAGUUUUACCCUUCCCAUCAUAAAGAAUAACUUCCAAAACUCCACAACUACUACUACCCAUUUAGCACCCCAAAAAGACACUAAGCCAUCCAAUAAAGACUCAAAACCCAAAUCUCCCUUCUCCUUUUUCCGCUUGUCAAAGCGGAAAAAGGAGAUUCCCCUUAAGAACAAGACAGACCGGUCAAAAACCGAUCCGACCGUUCUUAAGGGGCUCAGUCAUUCGUAUUUAGACAAGGAAGAAAAAGACGACUACGACAAGGAGAAACAAUGGAAGAAGCUUAAAUUUGAGAUAGCCCACGCCGUGAAAAGGUACGUGAGGAUGAUGAAACCCCUCUUGUCGUCCUUCAAGAGCGGUGGCGGCGGCGGCGGCGGUGGCCGGAGAAAAGUGGAAGUUGACCGGAAGGCGCAUUCGUUUUCCUCCGGGACGAUAAGAGUGACGAGAUCGAGCCGGAGCGAUAACAAUAUCAUCAACAAAAGAUCGGCGGCGGCGUUCGGGGGCGGGCGGGGGUUGGGAGCAGGGGAGUACUCUGCACCGGCAUCCACCAGAACAUCGCCAACAAACAGCGGCCUCUUGGUGGCGCCGCCUCGUCCGCCGCCUUCAGAGAGCACGAUGGAGGAGCUGCAAGCCGCCAUCCAAGCUGCCAUUGCUCAUUGCAAGAAAUCCAUUGCGGUUGAGGAAGGAGAAGACCAGAGGAAAUCCAAUGCUACUGUUGCUUGAAUCUUUCUUUGGAUUAUCUGUUAAGUGGGCCCUGUUGAUUUUUCUAUAUUAGUGUAUAAUGCUAUAAAUGAGAUGUUUGUUCAUACAAUCUACCUAGCUAGCCAAUUAAUGGUUUUUCAUAUU